ACUCCCUUAUUACAACCCAAAAUUUUCUCUCUCUCUCUCUCCAUUUUUUUCGGUGUUAGUUUCUUUAAUUUCUCUCUCUAAAAUGGCGGAGCUAGAAUACCAAAUUACCAAAAACCCAACUCCAACCACCACGCGCUUAAAAUUAUUCGGCUUCAACGUACAAGACGACUACGAAGAAGCCGUAGCUGACUCAGCAAAAACGACGCCGUCUGGUUCACCGGAAUCCGGCAACGGGUUUCAGAACUCCGGUGACCGGAAAUACGAGUGUCAGUACUGUUGUAGAGAAUUCGCUAAUUCCCAAGCCCUAGGUGGCCAUCAAAACGCUCAUAAAAAAGAAAGACAACAGCUUAAACGAGCUCAGCUUCAAGCGAGCCGAAACGCCGCCGUUUCUUACGCUAGAAACCCGAUAAUCUCGGCUUUUGCGCCGCCGCCGCAUCUUCUUUCGCCAGCUGGACAGGUAAUGGUACCGGCGGCUUCUCCUUCGUGGGUUUAUGUUCCGCGUUCGGCUCCUCCUUUCCACGUGUCGCAUGGCUGUGUGUUUCCUCCUGUGAUGAACGGUGGGAGAGGUGCGGGUUCAGUUGGGUUAUCGUAUGGUAGCGAUGUAGGGGAUAAUUCUACAUUGACGAUGGGUUCUCAGGUUCAACAACAACAACAACACUCACGGGCCCAUAAUUUAAGGGUUGAUGGGCCUUCGUUGAGUAGAUUUUCGAAAGGAGAUGGUGGGCCCAAUUUUGAUGAUGCAUUGGGCCUGGACUUGCAUCUUAGUCUUGCUCCUGCUGCUCCUUGAAAUUUUUUGGCUCGGCUUAAGUUUUGAAUUAUGGCUACCAGUGAGUAAAUAUGGCUGAUCUACCACUUCUAAGCAGAGCUCUUAAAAAAAUGAAGGGUAAAAUUGGAAAAAGAGUUGUUGAAAUAUGGCUCAUCAUGUUAAGAACUGGAUCGGCUCAAUGAAGUUUAGCCAAGUUUCAUAGCUUUGCUUUGAGAUGGUUACUUUUUAGAUACUGUUUUUUUGGGGAUGGCUUGAACUUGGCUCAGUAAAUUAUUCGGCUCGGCUGGGAAACUCGAUCUCGAUCAUGAUAAAAUGGUUAAUUUAUUUUGCUAGAGUUGGAUGGAUAUUUUGUACAUUUUUACAUUUUUUAAUUUAUUUUUUAAAAAAUUUGAAAGUAAUUAAUUGAUCACUCGGACAUCACAUCAUUAUUUAUGUUUACUAUUGUUUUUCCCUUUGAAUAAUUUUCAACUUUGUGUA